GGCGUUUAGAUAUCUAUGCGACAUUGUUCAUCAGAUCGUAGACAAACUCGACAUCCCAGAUACAUCUUCAACUCGACUCUAUUCCCAGCAGCAUUGCCAGUCGAAUACCAUGACGCAAUCUGUUGCCCCCACACAGGCCAAGGACACCGCGGAGCAACUCAUUGCGGACCUCGACGGGACAGACACACUUCCUCUCUGGGUUCAAAUGGCAAAGUUGAACCCUCCGGAGCCAAACCCACGUUGCAUACCCUAUGUGUGGAAAUAUGACCGCAUCAGGCCAAAUCUGAUUCGAGCUGGAGAGCUGAUUUCGGAGAAGGCAGCUGAACGACGAGUCUUGAUGCUUCCCAACCCUGCUCGAGAGGCCCCUUUCACCACGGACACAAUCUAUGCUGGGCUCCAGCUAGUCAUGCCUAAUGAGACCGCUCCCGCUCAUCGUCACGUAGCCUUUGCUAUGCGGUUCAUCAUCGAAGGCUCCGGAGGUUUCACAGCCGUCCACGGCCGACGAAUCAAGAUGCAGCGUGGGGAUGUCAUUCUCACUCCUCGAUGGAACUACCACGACCACGGAAAGGAUGGCUCAGGACCAAUGAUCUGGCUGGAUGGGCUCGACCUCCCGAACUUCCGACAUUUUCCGGUGCAUUUCCUCGAGCACUUCAAAGAUCCGCGUUAUCCCGCAGAAGAUGUUGACACAAGCGAGUCGCCAAUUGUGUUCCCUUGGUCCGGUAUGAAAGCAAAGCUGGAUGCUGAAUCAGGGUCAUGGGCUGCUUUAAGGUAUCUUAAACGUGACGGUUCAGAAGUCUCCUUGACACUCGGAGGUUCUGCAGAAAGGCUUGACGCCAACAGCAACAGCCCAGUCAGGCGCGAAACCUCAUCUUGCGUCUACCACGUUAUAGAAGGCUCCGGAUACAGCAAUGUAGGCGAUAAGAAGCUGGAGUGGACCAAAGGUGACACCUUCUGCGUGCCCACAUGGGCUGCGUAUGAGCACUUCAACACCACAGACUCUACUACAUACUUAUACCGCUUUGACGAUCAGCCGAUGAUCAAGUCUUUGGGAUUCUAUAGAACGCAAGACAUGGACAUUGAGGCCCUAGUCGAUCUGUAAUCUCGAGUUGGACAGUCUGCAGUAUCUUCUUAGGAGUUCGAGAAGAUGAACUACUGAUACUGAACGAUGAACUGUUAGAAGAAAUGAGAUAAGAAAUGUGCCAU